ACCUGAAGCAUGUUUAAAACUGUGAAUAGUGUACAGUGACCCUUGGACCCAGGGAGCGGCAUACAGAUAAGAAAUGAGAAGCAGGGCUUCACUUCCGCACUGGGCUGCCUCUGACACACGCAGAACCAGAGGACACAUCUGGGAGGGGGCUGCAGAUGGUGCUUCUUCCCACAGCCUGCAAGAGAGACAACGGCGCAGAGGGAAUAAAAUGGCUUCCAAACAAACGUCUGCGGUGACCGAAGAUGAUGUUAAAGCCUUCAGCAAACACAUGGAUAAUUAUAGCCCUCUGGAGCUGAUGAGGCUGAGUGAGCACUUCCGCCCUGACAUGGUCUACGUCAUAGAGAACGACAUUCCCAUGGUGCUGCAGGAACUCACCCACAGACGCGUCAUCACUUCCCAGCACGCCCAGGAUUAUAGUGACUGGGAGAAGAACCAUGACUCAACCAGCACCGCAGAGAAGCUAGUGGGUGAUAUUUUUGCUGUGAGCUAUGCCAUGAGGCUGGGACUCUGGGAGUGUCUGUUUGCUCUGCAGAGCAGGUGGGCUCACCCCAAUCUCCAUGGGAUGCUGGAUGAAAUAAUUCAGAAUGGUCACAAUCUGUUACUGGAAAUUCUCCUGAAUGAAUCGGGACACACCCUUGACCCAGAACUGAAAGCUUGUCAAGUAGAGCACAAAGUCAAACUCCGUGAUCUCACAGGGAUAAUGAAGGAAAACAAGGUCCCAGGGCCAUCUAAAGAGCAGAUUUUCCCCAUCUCUAACCGCUACGUGGAGCUCAAGGUCAUCUCAGACCAUCACUUCAAGAAGCAGACACACCAGGAGCACGAGGUCCUAGCAGCAGCUGGGGAGCUGAAUGAAUAUCGCCUCCAGAGAAGAAUAAAGAGUGAGCUGGAGCGCAUCGCACCUGACCGGCUCUUCCGCUGGAGCUUUCGAACCCACUGUGUCCCCCUGUCUGUGAUGGUGAGCGGAGUAGCUGGCGUGGGCAAGACAACUCUGGUGCAGAAAUUCAUCUUUGACUGGGCAACGGGGAAGCACUACCAGAAAUUUGCCUUUGUUUUCUUCUUCAAGUUCCGGGAUGUGAGUGAGGAAAAGAUGAGUCUAGAAUCUCUGAUCUGUCAAAAAUAUCCAAGCCUCCAGGACAGACUCCCAAGAAUCCUGGAAGACCCUGAGAAGUUGCUCUUCAUCUUUGAUGGCUUGGAUGAGAGCAAGACUGAUUUGAAAUUAAGCAGAGGUGGAUCCCAGGAGCUGUGUAUGAACCCGGGGGAUGUGAAGCCAGUUACUGUGAUUGUCGCCAGCCUGCUGAAACAGACUCUGCUGAAGGGAUGUUCUGUGCUGCUGACCAGCCGCCCCAUCAAAUUGACCAGUUUGGAGGCUGGAGUAUUCCAUAGGGUGGCCAGUAUCGUGGGCUUCCUCUCCAAGGAAAGGGAAAGAUACUUUUCCAUGUUCUUUGGAGAUGAGCGAGUCUCCAGAGAGGCCUUUGCAUAUGUGAGGGACAGUCAGGUUCUGUACACGCUGUGCUACAACCCGUCUUACUGCUGGAUCACAUGCACGGCCCUGAAAUCCUGCUUCAUUACCAGGGCAGGGAGACCACAGCCUACACCCAAAACAGUGACCCAGCUCUUUGUCAACUACGUCACCCAUAUUAUGGCCAAUCACACCCAGGAGCGGCCUGAGCCUCAGAGGAUGCGAGAUACAUUGGUAAAUGUUGGAUGGUUGGCUGAAUACGGCCUCACAUAUCGCACACUUGUCUUUCAGCCGCACUGCUUACAGGUUUUCAAUGUGGAGUUUUCUCCCUUCCUCAGUGGCUUCUUGGUGGAGAACCCUAAAACUGAUGAUUCUGCCCAGGUGACCUACUCCUUCCUUCACCUCACCAUCCAGGAGUUCUUUGCUGCCCUCUUGCAUUACCUAGAUUACAAGGAGGACAAGUUCAGAGACACAAUGGCUAAAGCCAGGUCCUGUAAGGAAGGUGAUUAUGAGAUCUUCUCUCGCUUCCUGGCUGGGCUCUCCCAUCCUGCAACCAAGAUGCCCCUGGAGAAAUAUAUGGGGAAGUUCUCUGCAGAGGCAACUCGCAAGGUUAUUGAGUGCCUCAGUGAGAUGAACUAUGAAGAGCUGCAAAGCAGAGAAGAUCCUGAAGGGAAGAGAAGGCUGAUGAAUUUAUUGAAUUUGCUGUUUGAAUCCCGGAACAGCCAACUUGUGCGUGAAGUGUUGGGCAAAGAUGCCGACAUGGACUUCUCAGAGUUAUACCUCAUGCCAGUGGAUUGCACGGUCCUUGCUUAUGUGUUGAGUUGCUGUGAAGAAAUACAGCGCCUAACCCUAGAUUCCUGCUUCAUCCAGAACGAGGGCCUGGAGCGACUCAGACCUGAGCUGCACAGAGUCAGAGAACUGAGCCUCUCAGACAACGAGUUGAAGGAUGAUUCAAUGAAGAAUAUUUGCUCUGUACUAAAGCAUCCAAACUGUAGGCUAGAAGACCUGAGCCUAGGGCAGAACAUGUUCACAGAAGCAAGCUGUACAGCCCUGUCCUCUGCCCUCAAGGAGAACCAGACCCUCUUCAGUCUUGAUCUGACCAGAAACAAAGUGCAGAACACUGGCCUUUCCGCCUUGUUAGAGGUGCUUGAGACCCCGCAAUGCAAGAUUCAGAAAUUAGUCCUCCAGGAAAAUGGUUUAUCAGAUGACUCCUGUGAGAGACUCUGCUCUGCUCUCUCCAAAAACUCCACCCUCCAGCAUCUGAACCUGAGUGCGAAUGUUUACACUGAUUGGUGCGCAGAAGACAUGCGUCUCCUUAUCCUCACCAGCCCCAGCCUCACUGACAUCAGACUGAGUUUGAAUGACUUCUCUCCAGCGGUGGAAGUGCAACUGAGGAGCCUUCAGAGAGAAGGUCUGAAGAUUCAUAUUUAAAGGACUUGCUAUGCUCUUCCAUCCUGUGAAAACAGCACUUGACUCUGGGAAUUGCACCUCUCUGAAUGCCCUGCCUGGUUUAACCACCACUGGGAUGAUUUAUUGUGGGAGUAAAAAAGUUGGGGAGGGGAAUGGGGGGGCAGAAUCUGAUGCACAUUGUGUUACAUGUAAAACACCUGGAAAUAACUUCCUGGAAACCCUGCCAAAACUUCCAUCCCCAGCACAGGCGCAAUGGGCUGCUCUUCUAAUUCAUUUCUUACUGCCAUUAGUCGACCUGUUUGUUGAACUGAGAUUCACUUAUGCAGCAGAUGGGUCUAACCAAUCUUUAUCAUGGGAAAACACUCAGUAAGUAGUGAUCAUUUACAAGUGGGAAGCUCAUCAGGAUGAUCUCAUCGCAGUCACCUCCAGCGCUGGACAAACCACCUUCAACCUCCCUUUGUUACAGACUUAUGACUUUUUGUAUGUUUUUCUUAUGCUUAUAUAUUAGUCUCAUUUCCAUGAGACCGUUCUUCCUCUGUCAGUACAGGUUUAGUGUUAGUUCAAGAUGGGAUUUUCUAGCUUUUUAGUUACUUUAUCUUUUCUUUUUCCUCACAAAUAUGAGUACUCUUCAAUUUCUUACAUGUACAAAAACUAAACAUGAUUACUCUGCAGUUUCUUACACAUGUACAGUUUUACUUAUGCUUACAUUGUGAAAUAUCAGAAGAGACUCUUAAAAUUUAAAGCAGGCUUCAAUCAGGUUUAAACAUGCUGUCAUUCCCAACAUAGUUUAUUUCUUUUUUAAUUCAUUCCAAACCCAUUGUUGUGAUGAAAACUUCAGAUUUGUAUUGUUGUGUGACAUGGCAACUACAGCAAAAAGAAUUGCCAUAAACUGAGUGUGAUGCUGUGUAUAAAGAAAGGUGGCCAUUUCUAUCACCAUUGUUACCAGUGUCACACAAUUUCCAUAAAUCUUGUACAAAGUAUGUCAUGUAAGGUAUCAAUAAAAAGCAUUAUGAAUUGCUAAGUAUGAUUAUCCUGUUUAUAUGCAUGUAUAAUAUUUGUAUUUGAAGUUAUUGGCUAUGCCCUUGUAUCUUGAAUGUGUUGUAUUUCUGGGUGACAGCCUCCAGGUAUAGAUUUCCAUCAUCUCUAGACAGGCCAUAGGAGAAACUCAUCCCAGCCAGAUCGCUGUCUGAGGCAUCCAGAGGAAAAGCUAGGAGCCAGUGACUGCCCCCUGUGAUUCAGCAAAACAUGUAGGGGCAUGGGAUAUGCUCAUGUGACCUUGGGCCAGGCACAGGGGCUGUGGGCUUUGUUUGGGACAGUAACUUUUAUGCACAUGGCAGAGGAUAUAAAAGGCACCUGAGACAUCUCCAUUUUGUCUCUUUCCUGCUCCAAUUCUCUGGACUGGAGAUUUACAAUUAAAAAAAAAUAUUUUGAACUAUGGACUGAGGAUCUUCCAAUCUUCUGGACGUUACCAGAGAGACUUUUGCAAGCCAGCUGUCUGUAACAUCACUGCUACAAUCCUGAUCUAAGGACUUUGGAAUCAUUUAUAUGUAUAAAUCUAUGAACCAUUUUAACUCUGUUCUUUUCUUAAUAAAUCUUUAGUUAGUUUACUGAGGAUUGGCUGACAGUGUGAUAUUUGGGUAAGAUCUGAGAUA